GGUGGGGCGCCGGGGCGGCCUGGCCUGGCUGGGGACCGCGGCGGGCGCCCGGACCUGGAGGGGACUCUCGGGCCGGUCCCGGGCAGCAUGUGACUCCGACCAGGAUUCAGCCCUGAUGGAGGCUGAGCAGCCUGAACAUGGAGCACCUGCACCCAUCCCUGACACAGAGGAAUCGAAAGCUAUCCCUGAAGCUAUCAUGAGGAGCAGUCAGAUCCCUGCCCUUGAGCCUGAAGCUCAAGAAGGCCAAGACCCAUCCUACAAGUGGGCAGAUGGACACAGACCCCUGAUGGGCCAGCCACAGGAGUUAAGGGACAUGAGUGACCACACACCUGAUAGUAUGGGAUUUUUCUUAAAGGAAGUUUCUUCAGUUGUGGAGACCAACCAGGAAAUCCUUGUGGCUGAGGCCUUCCACACUCCAGACCCACUGGAAGCAGUAUCCCAGACCCUUAAAGACAGUCUAUCAAGAACAAUAGCUGUCCCUGAGCUCUUGGCCUGUGCUGUUGGGGAGGAGUGGCUAGACAAAUCCAGCAAACUAGACAGCACAGUGGAGCUAGAAUUGCAGCCAGAACUCAUGUCUUUGACAUUGGCUAUUAGCAAAGCAAAAGAAGAGAAAGAAACCUCUCCAGACCCUUCGAACCCUAGAGGAUUUUGGCCUCCCUGCAAAAAGCACCCUGGUGAGACAGACCAGUCUGAGGGCCAUGGAAGUGGACUGGUCAGGCAGUGGAAACAGCUGCAGAUGGAGGCCACACAAGAAGAGCAAGGUCAAGAAGGCCUCCUCCAACCUCAGGAGGCCCAGGGACUCGAGGGGCAGGCAGUCAAAAUUCAGGAGGAAGGAACUCUGAGGGGAGACAUUUGUUCUGAUGGGCUUCCGGGGGAUUGGGAAGAUGAGGAAGAGGAGGUUAGUGGCAGUGAGGAAGAACAGGAACGAGUCCAAAACCAUACAAUGCUCGGAGGACAGAGGGGCAGUAAGGGACUCAGUGGGGAAUUGGAGGCUCUGGAUUACAGUGAGUGGGGUCAAGAGGACAGGGAUAGUUGGGUUCAGGGUCAGAGAGAUUCAGAAGAGGAGGGAUGGGACAGGGAAUUAAGAGAGGUGGAAGAGAAGAGGGCAGACUCUCAGUAUACAGAGAAUCAAAGGUUAGUAGGGAAAUCAGAGAAUGUGAGUGGAAAACAGGGAGAUAUUGAUGAAACCCAAAAAGUGAUGCCAGGAGAGGGCCAGGAGGAGGCUGAGGGCCAGGAGGAGGCUGAGGGCCAGGAGGAGGCUGAGGGCCAGGAGGAGGCUGAGGGCCAGGAGGAGGCUGAGGGCCAGGAGGAGGCUGAGGGCCAGGAGGAGGCUGAGGGCCAGGAGGAGGCUGAGGACCAGGAGGAGGCUGAGGACCAGGAGGAGGCCGAGGGCCAGGAGGAGGUUGUAGACUCAGGAGAGGGGGAGCGAGGGAAUGGGGAAGGGGGUGGACAGGCAGCCGUGGAAGGGAAGAGAACAGACGAGAACAACAAGUAUUGUCCUCCAGUGGAUCUCAUAGCUCCUGAGGCUCUCUCUUCAGGAGCAUUGUUUCCAGACAUCUCUUGCUCUGUGGCCGAUAUUCCUGGGGCUCAGAGGGAACCUGUUCCCAAGGAGCAGAUCCCCCAAGCUCUGACUCCUGCACAGGAACCAAUAGAAUGGUCUCGCCAACCCAUUUCUCCACCUGCCUCUUUUGCUACUGAAGAACCCCCUGAUGAUAGGACUCACAACCGCCAGCAAGGAGGAUUCAGACUGAAGAAAGGGACAGCGUCCCUCCAGGGGACCGAGGUUGUCUCUGCUAGUGUAUCUAUGACUCCAUCAAGGACACCGAAUUCAGCUCCUUUCAGUCCCACUGAAGUCUUCCCCAUCACUGCCACCCUGUCACCUGUUAGCCCUCCAGUUGUCCUUCCUCAGAAGGACGCCCUAGCAGCCUCUCUCUCGACUGACACUCCACCUCAUUGUGGGGCACUUGAGGCUCCUCCGAUACCUGCAAAAACUCGCAAGGACCCAUGUGCCACCCCUGACAAGGCCAACGCUCAUAGCCCUCUGGCCAGCUACACUGGAGCCACCCAGCAUCUAAGAAGUAACUCGUUCCCAGGCUCUCACAGGACAGAACAGACUCCAGACUCCGUGGGAAAGUCUUUUUCUUUCUCUCAUUCGGAAUUACCACAGAGGCCCCCCAAACCUGCCAUCUAUGGCUCUCUGAUCCCACGAAGAGACAGAAGAAGUAGGGACGGCAUCGUCUUCUCAGAGUCCUCUGCUGCUUUCUUUGCUUUGAGACAGGACUCCGAAGGAUUCACUUCAAAUCCAGAGAGGCCCGGCGAGCCUCAUGGUAGUCCGCUGUGGGGCUCCUCACAGAACUCAGCCUUUGCCGUAGGUUCUCCUGGGAAUGUUUCUUCUCUAGCCACUGUCUCCAUGGAUAUGAGGAAACACGAAGCCUUGCCCCCUCCUCCCCCAGAAAAGAGACAUAGCUGCAGUUCCGUGGUGGAGAGAGAUGGCCAUCUUCAUGUAGUAGCCCCCACAGUGAAGCGAUAUAGUCAUCCUCCUCCAUUGGCCCUAAGUUCAGGGCUACCUGGAUCUCCUAAAGACUCAUUUUCGCUAGUUCCUGACUCUGUUGUGGCAAGGCAGCACCGCCCUCUGCCAGCCACCCCAGAAAACCCCCACCAUACUCAGACCUCCAUGUCCUCCAGGCUGAGAUACAACAAACCAUUACCCCCAACUCCCGAUGUGCCUGACCUCUGCCAUUCUCCCCUCUCUCCCUCUAGUGUACCAAAGAUGUACAGGCCUCUACCCCCAGUCCCUCCACCCGCAGUCCCUCCAUCCCAAGUCUCUCCAUCCCAAGUCCCUCCACCCCAAGUCCCUUCCUCUGAACCACCCCCAUUACCACCAAAAUCCAGGGAGAGAAGCAGGAGUAUCCAGGGGGGAGUUAUACAUUCAGGGGGUCAAGCCAAACCAAGACCCACUGGCCAAGACUGGACAGUCUCCACACUCUCUGUUGGACGGACCUCUUGGCCCCCGGCUACAGGCAGAUCAACAGAAUCGUUGGUUCCCACCAGUGGGAAUGUUAGUGAAGUGUCCCCUGGCCUGGCUUUCAGCAACAUGAUAAACCUCCUAAAUCCCUCUUCCCCUACCACUCCCUGUAUCCCGGAACUUCAGAGACGUACCAAUAAGGAUGAGUCGGAGCUCACCGAAGAGUCUGAGCCCCCAGUGAGAGGAUCAUUUAAAAGAUCAGUCCCUCAGGAGGGAUGUAAUGACACACGGAGGUCAGCUUUGGGACCAAAAAAGCAGUCAGAAAAACCCAUCCACCAGCAACUGGAGAAGGCAUGCAGCUGGCCCCACAGGCAGGACCCAGCGAGAACAGAGAGUGGCAGUGAACAGGCUGGGGGCCAGGCCUCCAACAAGCACAAGGGCUGGAACCGGCAAGGCCUGCGGAGACCUUCUCUGUUGCCCGAGAGCUCUGCAGAUUUAAGAAAUCCAAGCACGGGAAGACCUCCUGGCUCUUCAGAUGCUGUGGUUUUCCGGGAGAAGAAACCGAAGGAGGGGAGAGGGGGCUUUUCAAGACGCUGCUCCAAGCUCAUCAACUCCUCCCAGCUACUUUAUCAGGAGUACAGUGAUGUUGUUCUGAACAAGGAGAUUCAGAGCCAGCAGCGGCUGAACAGCCUAGCGGAGGCACCUGGACUCUCUUCCCCUCGGCAUCGUCGAAAGGCAAUGGUGUCUUCAGACUCCUACCUACAGCGCCUCUCCAUGGCCUCCAGUGGCUCCCUCUGGCAGGAAAUCCCUAUGGUGCGCAACAGCACAGUGCUGCUCUCCAUGACCCAUGAAGAUCAAAAACUGCAAGAGGCCAAAUUUGAGCUGAUCGUGUCAGAGGCGUCUUACCUUCGAAGUCUAAACAUAGCUGUGGAUCAUUUCCAACAUUCAGCUCAACUUCGCGCCACACUGUCCACCCAGGAUCACCAGUGGCUCUUCUCCCGUCUACAGGAUGUGCGAGAUGUCAGCACCACGUUCCUUUCCGACCUAGAAGAGAACUUCGAGAACAACAUCUUCUCCUUCCAAGUGUGUGAUGUUGUCUUGAAUCAUGCCCCAGAGUUCCGCCGAGUCUACCUGCCUUAUGUCACCAACCAGACCUAUCAGGAACGCACCUUCCAAAGCCUAAUGAAUAGCAACAGCAGUUUCCGAGAGGUCUUGGAGAAGCUGGAGAGUGACCCCAUCUGCCAACGCCUGUCUCUCAAGUCCUUUCUGAUACUGCCCUUCCAGCGUAUCACCCGUCUUAAGUUGCUACUCCAGAACAUUCUGAAGAGAACCCAGCCUGGCUCCUCAGAAGAGGCAGAGGCCACAAAGGCACACCAUGCCCUGGAGAAGCUGAUCCGAGACUGCAACAACAACGUGCAGAGGAUGCGGCGGACAGAGGAGCUCAUCUACCUGAGCCAGAAGAUUGAGUUUGAGUGCAAAAUUUUCCCGCUUAUUUCCCAAUCUCGAUGGCUGGUGAAGAGUGGGGAGCUGACAGCCCUUGAGUUCAGUGCUUCCCCAGGGCUGAGGAGGAAACUGACCACUCGUCCUGUCCAUCUGCAUCUCUUCAAUGACUGUCUAUUGCUGUCCCGACCCCGAGAGGGCAGCCGGUUCCUGGUAUUUGACCAUGCUCCAUUCUCCUCCAUUCGAGGGGAAAAGUGUGAAAUGAAGCUGCAUGGACCUCACAAGAACCUCUUCCGUCUGUUCCUGCUGCACAACACACAGGGCACCCAAGCAGAGUUCCUCUUCCGCACUGAGACUCAAAGUGAAAAGCUUCGAUGGAUCUCAGCCUUGGCCAUGCCCAGAGAGGAGUUGGACCUGCUUGAGUGCUACGAUUCCCCACAGGUUCAGUGUCUCCGCGCCUACAAGCCCCGAGAGAAUGAUGAGUUGGCACUAGAGAAGGCGGAUGUGGUGAUGGUGACUCAGCAGAGCAGCGAUGGCUGGCUGGAGGGUGUGAGACUCUCAGAUGGGGAGCAAGGCUGGUUCCCCGUCCAACAAGUAGAGUUUAUUUCCAACUCAGAAGUCCGUGCACAGAACCUCAAAGAGGCCCAUCGAGUUAAGACUGCCAAACUGCAGCUGGUACAACAGCAAGUCUAACUGUUCUUGGGAAAGAGUCUUCUAAGAUCAUGAACAAGCAUUCCUGGAAAUGGCUGGCCCCAGGGACCUGCUACGGAGGCUGACCAGGAACUCUGCCUUCUGAAAGCCCAAGGACUGACUCAGUCCCUUGCUCUAGUACUUCUUUCAUUUUGUGCUUGGUGGGGAAUAUUGAGUGACUUCACACUGGAUUCUGGGAUCCUUUUUUUGAAGGAAAAGGGACUGUGGGGCCUGAGCCUAGGUGGUGUACUUCCCACUACCAGAUGGCGCUUGUACGUCAUCUGCUGCUACAGUGCAGAUUCAGAGCUGGCCAGAUGUGAGGUUGUGGACAUAUGUUACCAGAUGGACCUCAGCCCACUGGAGAGUGGGGUUGAAUGGGAAUAGCACAUCAGGUGGGGAGGUGGACCUGCUGACCUCUAGGGUGUCUUCGGAUCUAGAGAUUCUCCUCAGUGCAUGCGCCCCUGAGGUCUUUGUUUCUUGGUGGCAAUGUGAGGGUGGCAUUCUCUCACUCUAAUAAACUUGGCACUUCUCUGAG